AUCAGACUCGUUCUUAAAAAAAAAACAAAUUCCACAGUCAGUCGAAUAGCCCUAGCCCAUACAAGAUAGUCUAUAGUAAUCUGUGGCUCAUUCUUGCAAUUCAGUGAAAUGGCGGGAGUUCAAAAAGUCCGAUUAAAUAAUUUGAACAUUAAUUUAAAAAACGCAUUGAUUAUCGGCAUUAUUAUUGCUAAGAAUAGUCCCCGUACAGUAGGAUCCAAGAAAAAAAAUAAUGAAUCUAGAGGAGUAACAUCUUUCACUGUAAGAGAUUCAGAAGUAGACACGAUCAAUGUCGAUGUUUGGGGAUCUGAAUAUUUUGUUUUAACUUUUUAUGAAAGAUUUUUAGUUGGGGAUGUUAUUGAAAUCACAUCACCAAAAAUUUGCAUUAAAACAGGAGACAAUGAAGCAUACAGGCCUCAGGUGACUUCACCGUUUUACUUGAGCCUAAACGAGGGUAUGUCAGAUGUAAGCAUCCACGCCGGAGACGCCUUUAGCAUGUACUUACCGCUCCUCCACAUACCGACAAAGCAAUGUUCAGGAUACUAUGGACUUGCUGAAGUUUUGAAAUUGCCAGAUACAUCCAAUAACGUUUACGUGGAUUUGCUGGUGGUUGUAAAAACAGUAACACCUGCAAAAUCUAUAAGGACUAAAACUGGAGUGGACAUGUCAGUGCGUGGAGUGGAGAUAAUAGACAAUACGACGCCAGCUUCCGUUAACUUGGAUAUUUUUGACAUCGAUACUAUACAAAGAGCUGAUGAAUGGCGUCCUUUAGAAAGCGUGCUGUUCAUUGCGGACGCUCGAGUGUCUUGGCGGUCUAGGGCCGUUACUGUACAAGUGUGUGCCCGAACCGUGAUCACCCACCAACCUCAUACAGCAGAUGCAGAAGCUCUUAGGUUGCAUAUACGAAACCAAUCCACAACGCGUGGUGGUGAAGCAGCGGCAUGGGCAGCGUGGAGUGGUGAACGCUCAUGCGCAGCAUCUGUGGCGCAAAUUCGCGACCGAGUCGCAGGCGCAGCGCCAUUCUGCGCAUCUUUACAUGCUUUACUUACACACCUGGAUAUGGAUGAGCUUGAUAACUUGGAUAAUAAUCCCGAAGAAAGUAUUCGGGUGCGUUUCGCUGAUCACACCGGAGAAUUGACUGCACGACUUCCUAUUAAUGUUCUUGAAGAUACGUUGGGAUAUUCAAUCCAGCAAUUAAAGGCUAUGCCAUCGGAUAAUAGAGCAGCGGUGCGUUGGGCGAUUCUUUUGGAGCAAUGUACCGUAAAACUGGGAGCUUCACCACCUCGCCUCAUCGUUUUAUCACUAAGACGAGCCACACAAGCUGAUCCGAUUCCACUUUAUUAA